AUGGAUUCUCAAAUAUCGCCGCCUUUUAUUGCCCAGCAGUAUACAGAUGAUAAAAAGGUCCAUGUGCUACUGGCAGCCGCUACCACUAAGCUACCCAACAUUGCAGAGGCGCUAUGUCGCAAUGAAAAUAUCUCAGUCCGCAUCCUAAUCACUGAACCAGCGGAGAAGUUCCUUAUCAGACAGAGCUCGGAGCAGCCGGUCUUCGACACUCUGCUUCAAAUUGAUGGUGUGGAUGCUAUCUACCGGGACGAAGAUGAAUGGUCUCCGUCAUGGACGCGCGGGGCACCAGUCCUACAUAUUGAGCUACGCAAAUGGGCACAUAUCCUUCUAGUUGCCCCAAUGUCUGCAAAUACCAUGGCGAAAAUGACCAAUGGGAUCGCCGACAAUCUGCUUCUCUCAGUCAUUAGGGCCUGGGAUACUACUGGAGUAGUGGAUAUGGGAUUCAAGACUCAGAAAUCUAUGGUCUUUGCAGCAUUGGAUAUGGAUAGACGUAUGUACCGACAUCCGGUGACCGAGAAGCAGCUUAAAGUCCUACGUGAUGAGUGGGGAUGGAGUGAAUCAAACCCAAAAGGCUGGGUGACUGUGCUGCCUCCCAUAGAGAGGAGCUCAGGUAGUGAAAAUCUCGACACUGGAAACAUGAUGGAUUGGAGAGAUAUCGUCAAUGUCAUCCAAAACUACGUUGCGGGAUUGGUGCAGAAGCCGUGA